UUCAUUCGGUCCAUACUUGGGUUCAUCCUCUUCAGUACAUCGUACUGUAUUGUUAAUACUGGCAUUUACUACAAGUUUGUAAGGCCACUUCGUCAGGAAGAACGUGAAUUAUUGGAAAGGGAACUCAUAGAAGCUGAUCGAGCAGGAUUUGCGAUGAUUGGUUCUCGUUUAAUAAGCACGCUGACUUCAAGAUGGGAAGGUGUGUUUCUUAUGGGUGUCGUCGCUGGUGCAGGCUUCGAACUUUUCAAGAUCUAUUUUUCUUUCAGAGGUGUAAACUACUAC